AGAGUAUUUAAACUGUCCACCUGAUGCGAUUCUGAGCCCAGUCCCCAACAAGCGAGGAGAGAGAUUCAUCAUUCAAGAAUCAGGAUUGAAAGAAGAGCAGCAAAUUAUCAGAUCGCCGGAAAAGUAGAAAGAGAUGGCUCCGAGCAUCACUUACAUCACCGGCCCUCAGCUUCUCUCUCUCAAAAGUCACCCUAAUACCGCCAUCAUCGAUGUUAGGGAUGAUGAAAGGAGCUCCGACGGGCAUAUAGCCGGUUCUCUUCACUUUGCCAACGCUACAUUUCUUAAUAAGUUACCCAGCCUCGUUGAAGCUACAAAAGACAAGGAUACUCUUGUUUUCCACUGCGCUCUCAGCCAGGUUCGUGGACCCAAAUGUGCUCGAAGGUUUGUCGACUACCUUGCUGCUGCAAAAGAUGUGGGAGUGAAAAAUGUCAUGGUUCUCGAACGUGGCUAUAAUGGUUGGCAAGCUUCUGGAAUGCCCGUCUGCCGCUGCAGAGAUGACCCCUGCAAGGGCGUGUAAACUGAAGAAAUCCCAUCUGGGGCUGAUUGCAUGUAGUUGGUGUAUUUGGUGUUUGAUACUGCACCUUUUAAGAAAUUGUACUCUCAGGUGGCCGACAAACUAUCAAUACUUGCUAUAAAUGUUCAUCACCAUAUAUACGUAUACGUAUAUUUCGCUCA